AUGGCGAUGCCAGUGGUGAACACCGAGUAUUUGAAAGAAAUUGACAAGGCUCGACGAGAUCUCCGUGCCCUCAUCUCACGCAAGAACUGCGCUCCCAUCAUGCUCCGCUUGGCGUGGCAUGAUGCGGGAACGUAUGAUGUGAAUACCAAGACGGGUGGCCCUAAUGGUUCGAUUCGUAAUGAGGAAGAAUUACUUCACGGCGCAAAUAGUGGCCUCAAAAUUGCUAGUGAUUUGCUUUUGGCGAUGGCGAUGCCAGUGGUGAACACCGAGUAUUUGAAAGAAAUUGACAAGGCUCGACGAGAUCUCCGUGCCCUCAUCUCACGCAAGAACUGCGCUCCCAUCAUGCUCCGCUUGGCGUAG